AUGUAUCCACUACACGACAACUACUGUCUUCAAUUGGUGCGUGAUUCGAGUCAAUGUCUCAAUAUUGAACUUUACCAUCAUGGAAUAUUGACACGAAUAAUGUCAUUAAAUAAAGAUCAAUGUUCAACGUUGACGCAUAGUCUUUGUGAGACGAUCAAUGAAUUCGAUGUAUUGAUCACUGAUUUACUCGAAACAUCAAUGUCGAAUGUUAGUGUAACAGUCGAUGAAAAUCUUCAAAUGUCGUUUCUAAUAAUUCUUCUUCAGACAUUAGAAGCGUGUAUCGAUCCGAAUGCAUGCGGCUUUAUUGUUGGUUCGGCCGGUACGGUUGGCACUGGAGCAAUUGAUGAUUUACAAGGUUUAGCCGAGAUUUGUGCACGCCGUCCGAAUGAUCGCUGGUUUCAUGUCGAUGGUGCUAUUCGAUGCAGUUGCCUGUUGUUCACGACACCUUCGACCAUUGUUCACUGGCUUGGAACGAGCCGAUUCGAUCGCAUUCGAUCUGCAUAA